ACAACUAACAGUGGCAAUAAACUUUUAGAAAUUUCAAACAGUAGUAAUUGUAACAGAGAACUAAGAAGUAUAUCUAAUCGUGAUUUACUAGAUAGCUUCAAUGAUUAUAAUCAGUUGAUACAGCUAGAUAUGUUCGAUACUACUGGUAUAAUUGUUGAUAUGGAUAAUACAGAUAUUGAUAAUAUAUUGCAGAAACUAUUUAAUAUAUCACAAAAGAAAAGAUCAGCACUAUAUUAUAAUUCUGAAGGAAUCAAUACUUUAAGCAAUAGCAUUGGGAAAGAAAGAAAAGAACCUAUACCCACUAUUAACAUAUAUAACUGGUCUGAUAAUUCAAAUUCAUCACUUUUUAAUUGUGACAAAGAUGCGUCAACUAUCAAAAAUAAAAAUAGUUUAUCAUUAAAUAAAAAAAAUGACAAUACCACUGUUGGAAUUGAUAUACAGUUCAACCUUGUUCAAAAACUAUGCAUGAUUAAUUAUUGUAUCGAACAUCUACAGAAAUCUAAAAAAAAUACUUCAUUAUCUACAAGUUUUAAUUCAUCUAAAAACAAUUGCCCAAAAGCAACUCUUUUGAAGGAUGAUAAUAUAGAUCCUUUGGCAUCAUUGGUAUUUGUGAGACCAAAGAAUUCAAUUGUGCUACUCACGCUGAUAAAA